ACAGGCACGCACUUUAAGAAGAGCAUCUCCCACCCAAACAACAAACUGCAAACUGCAUUUGCCUGUUGUGAAUCCCAAAUAGAAUGGCCAUCUCCAUCUCUUUACACAUCAUUUCAGUCUUUCUCCUUCUCUUAUUUUUUUCUUCUUUUUCCCAUCCAUUAUCCUCCAACAGGUGUUCUUCCCACGAAUCUGAUGCUCUGCUUCGCUUCAAAGCUGCCUUGAAUGACUCCCAUGGCUAUCUCAGUUCGUGGGUGAAUGGAACAGACUGUUGCACCAACUGGACCGGCAUAUCCUGCCACAAUCAGACCAAUCACGUUGACUCUGUUGAAGUAGGCACUGUCGUUGUAUUAGGCUAUGCCAAUGCUUUCCAAGGAGUGAUAUCAGAGAGCCUGUGCCAGCUUCGUUUUCUCACAUCACUGUUGAUAACUGGAGUGGUGAAAGGUACUACCAUUCCUCCCUGUUUGGGAAAUCUCUCUUAUAUUCACUCUUUAGAUUUAUCUAAUAAUCGAUUCAGUGGGAUGAUUCCCCCUUCCCUUUGUUUGCUCACUCGCCUUGCAUUCCUCGGUCUCGCAUUCAAUAACUUGAAUGGAAGCAUACCCUCAUGCUUUGGCAAUGUUUCUUCUUUAACCUUCCUUUCCCUCGGUUACAACCAACUGAGUGGAAGCAUACCAGCUUCCCUCGGCAAUCUCUCUUCUUUAACUGGGGUUCACCUUGGUCCCAACCAAUUUAGUGGAAUCAUACCAGCUUCUAUGGGUAAUCUUGCUUCUUUAACUUCACUUGACCUUAGUGGCAACAAUCUUAGUGGAAGCAUACUGGCUUCUCUUGGAAGUCUCUCUUUGUUGAGUUAUUUAGAUCUUGGAUCCAAUCAACUGAGCAGUAGCAUUCCAGAUUCCUUGGGCAAUCUCUCUUUACUUGAGCGCUUCAUCAUUUCCAAUAACCAACUAAGUGGUGCCAUUCCCUCUUCAUUUGCUCAGCUUGCCUCCCUGAUAGGAUUGUACGGUGAAGGAAAUCAUUUCAAUGAAACGAUUUCGGCACUUCCACCUUCUUUGAUCCAACUAACCUUAUCACUAAACCAUCACCAGGAAAUUUCGGAAAUAAUCUUUCACAAGCUUACAGGACUAAAUUAUUUGUAUUUAUCCGAUUGUGUCCUAAAUAUUAGCAGAACUUGGAUUCCAUCCUUUCAGUUAUCUCAGUUAUAUUUAGUGUCAUGUACAAUUAAUGGUGAAUUUCCAUCUUGGAUUUCAACGCAAUUCACACUUGAUAGAUUAGACUUGAUUAACGCAAGUCUUGUGGGUGUAUUUCCCUCUUGGCUAUGGGAAACUAGUCCUCUGUUGUAUCAUCUAAAUCUUUCAGGAAAUCAUCUGGAAGGAAGCCUAUCCUCAAAUACUUCAAUAGGGAUGCAAAUAGAAUGGCUAGAUGUAUCUAGAAACAGGUUGAGUGGGCACAUCCCGUCAAUUUGGUCUUCUAAUAUGCAAUUAUUGUUGCUCAACGACAAUUUGUUCAUUGGUAGUAUUCCUCCAAGCGUAGGCAAAUCAUCUGAACUUGUUUUGUUAAAUCUUGCAAACAAUUUGUUCAGUGGUAAUAUUCCUUCAAGCCUGGGAAACUUAUCUAAACUACAAAUUUUAAAUCUUGCAAAUAAUUUGUUCAGUGGCAAUAUUCCUCCAAGCUUGGGAGAAUUAAAUUUACUCCGGUUAUUAAAUCUCGGAAACAACAAGAUAACGGGAGUGAUCCCUGCAAGUUUGUCAAAUUGCUCUUCCCUUGUUGUCCUAAAUUUGGGAAAUAACAGUUUAAAGGGAAGCUUACCACUUGAGUUCAGCAAGCUAAGUAAAUUAUAUUCAUUAGUUGUUCAUAGCAAUAAUCUAAAUGGAUCAAUCCCUCCCUCAAUAGCAAAUUGUUCAAAUCUACAGGUUCUUGAUAUUGGGAAAAACUCAUUUCAAGGUGAAAUACCAAUGUUCAUUACAAACCUUUCAAAGCUAAGAGUAUUGGUGAUGAAGGAAAAUAAUUUUACAAGCAAUAUUCCAUUAGGGAUAGGUCAACUAAUGAAUCUCCAAAUCUUGCUCCUUUCUUCCAAUCAUAUCUCAGGUUCAAUUCCACACACAAUUGUAUCAUUGCAAGCAAUGGCAAUAGAAAGUCAAGAUGGUUUUAUAUUGUCCGCUUUUCCUAGUAGUGAAAUAUAUCAAGAUGGAUUGGAUAUGACUUUAAAAGGCACAUAUCAACAUUACCUAUAUAUUCUUUCCACUCUCACAUCCGUCGAUCUCUCAAACAAUGAAUUUGAGGGAGAGAUCCCUUCUAAUUUUGGGAAAUUGAAGGGGUUGAGGCUUCUAAACCUUUCAAUGAACAAUUUGAAUGGGACCAUUCCAAGUAGUCUGAGAGAAAUGCAUCAACUAGAAUCACUAGACCUUUCAAAAAAUCAUAUUUUAGGAGAAGUCCCUACAGAACUUGAAUCUCUAAGCUAUUUGGGUUCACUGAAUCUAUCAAACAACAAUCUAUCAAGAAGCAUACCACAAGGACCGCAUAUGACUGGCUUUGUUGAAUCCUCUUAUUCAGGCAAUCCUAACUUAUGGGGGUGUCCCUUACCCAAAAAAUGUUCUUGGCCAAAAUUUGUUCCACCUCCUCCAGUUUCAAUUAGUAAAGAAAAGAAAAGCACUACAUAUCCAUGGUAUGGGAUAGCACUUGGAUUGACAUAUGGAGUAGCUUUUGGAGGGAUAGUUUCAUUGAUCUUGAUGAAAAUGAGCUGGAGGAGGAAGUACUUCAAUAAAGUUGAUACAGUAUUGAAGAUCUUGUUUCCAUGGAUGAAGAACUUAGCAUUAUGAUGGGAUACAUCUACAAUUCAUUGAAAUGAAUCCAUUUUUGUGUAGGAUGCUAUCUCGGUAUAUUUCUCUUAUUGAAGGAAUGUUUUUGUUGAUGGCCUCACUUACAAUAUUAUUUUAUAUAGGUCAAUUGUUUGUGCUAAAUUGAGACUAUAAAUAAUUUAAUUUUUUAAAUUCUGUAAUCCACUGGACAUGUUUUAGCAAGGAAUUGCAUGGAACAAAAAGCUCCUUGGUUCUUAUGAAGAAAAGGAAGGGAAGAUUUAAAUUUUUCAAAAAUUAUUCAUUUUGUUUUUGUUUAGAAAAAAAAUGCAUGUAAAACACUUGGCG